GCGCAUCCACAAAACCUCCGUUCACGCGGGCCGCGAUGCGACCGAACCGCCGCCACGGGGCUCAAUCUCCAUUUGAUCCGGAUCAGAAGCGCCUCGUCCCGCCGCCUCGCAAGCCGCAGUGACCUUUCGACGCCUGAGAUGGCCGUGCGCGGUAACUCUCUGAUGCCGUUCUCCAUUCAAGCCAUUCUGAACCGAAAAGAGGAGUCCCGACACUUGAACGACCUGGACGUUUGCUUCUCGAAAAGCGCGUGCUGGAAAAUCUUCGACGAAAUGGACGGAGCGGACGGGAGCGACGAGAGAGCGCGCAAGAACUACGACUCGGACUCCGGGAUGAGCGACGACCACGACGGGAAAGCGCGCGCCGACGCGAAGCCCGAGAAAGACGCAGAUUUAGCGGAAGAAACGGAUCCGGAGUCCACGGCCGCCGAGCGCUGCGCGUCCGACUGCAACGCGGGCGAGGAGAAGAGCGGCGAGCAGCCCAAGCAGCGGAAGAAGCGUUCCCGCGCCGCGUUCUCUCACGCGCAGGUGUUCGAGCUCGAGCGGCGCUUCAAUCACCAGCGCUACCUGUCGGGACCGGAGCGCGCGGACCUCGCCGCCUCCCUCAAGCUCACCGAGACGCAGGUCAAGAUCUGGUUCCAGAACCGACGGUACAAGACCAAGAGACGCCAGAUGGCCGCCGACCUGCUGGCCUCGGCCCCGGCGGCGAAGAAAGUGGCCGUGAAGGUGCUGGUCCGCGACGACCGGCGGCAGUACGGCCCCGGGGAGGUGCUGCGGCCGCCGCUGCUGUCCUACUACUACCCGUACACGUACUGCCUCCCCGCCUGGAGCCUGUCCUCCGCGUGCACGGGGGGCCAGUGACCCCGGGACCUACUCUAUUUAUUCUGCUAAAGACAGCCGUUCGCCGAACGCGCCGGGCCCCGGUCUCCCCGCGCAGGUUUCGGUCACGGUUGGCGGCCGUGUCGGUUUCAACGCGAUGCGGACACGUCUGUGAUUUCCUGACAGCCAAUCAGAGGCGCUUGUGUUAGAAUCGGUUCAUCUCGUUAUAAAGACGUACAGAGAGACCGUGAGCUCGCGCUUUUUAGAGCCACGGCGACGGACGCCUUUAUAAACCCUUCAUAGAUGUACGUUAAGAUGACCCUGGAGCCGGGUCCGGAGCACCGACCGAGGAGCCAAACCGGGAUUUAUUCACAGACCUGCCUUGAACCCUGAACUCGCGCCGAAACUGCCUUUUUUUAAAACAAACAACAAAAAAAAAACACGUAUACGAGUGUUCCUCCUUAUAAAACACCGUUAGGAUUUCGUUUCAGAACGUAUGGACAGCGUGUCGCUUUUAUAGCUAAAGACUCUUUUUCUUCUGGUUGGAAACAGCACUUGAUGCCGUUACCGUUUUCCGGUAACGGCGAGACCGGCACUUUCCCCCGCGGUUCAGAACUGAAACACCGGACUCGGUAAAGCGAGGGGGUUUACUCGACCUGUAUGUUUUAAUAUUAGUGUAUCGUGUUUUGUUUAUUGAAAAAGAUAUCAAGCGUUAAAACGCACGACGCGUCAUUUCAGUCGCGUUUCUCUCGUUUUCCGAGACGCGGGACCGGUGAAAGAAACGGCGGGAAACCGGUGAGGCGUGACCCGAGUUUCCUUACAGUCCGACACAGAACUCUAAAGAACGGUCACUAAACGAGCAGUGUGUGUUCUGUGCUAAAAGCUCCGGCUUUCUUUUCGUUCCUCUGAGGAACCGAACGAGUGUUUGGCAUUUCAUGAAUAUCUAAAAUAACACGCGCGAUCCAUAUUUCAUAUCUCCAUUCAGGUGAGGUUUAUCGGAGAUAAUAAAAACCAGAAUGCUGAAAUCCGUAACAGCUCUGAGUUUAUAAACAAUAAAAACGGUGAAAUACUGUUUUGUCGGGCGUUCUCCAAACACUUUGAUUCGCUCGACUCAUAAUUACUGAGCUCAUUCUAUCCAGCAUCUGUGUAUAUAAAUGUAUGAAUUAUAUUUCAAU